GAACAGCAUAAUAACCUCCGCCGACUACAAACGCAGUCAUUGUAGUGUCUUGCAAUAAUGAAAUCCAGGAUUUUAUCUGAAUUGCCAGAUGAACAACUUGGUCAGACAACUCUGUCAGGAAAGAUUUUAACAUUCCUUGAAGACAAUGUUGGUUUUUUCGAGGCUCAGUUUCUAUUAGAAAAGGACCAAAGUCACGACCUUACACCAGUUUACCAAGACCACAACCAUAUUUAUUACUGUAUUAAUGGAAAAGCUUCAGUGAAAAUUGACCAGGGUGACAAUCAAUUCACGCUUACGGACAACACUCUGCUUGCACUUUCACCAUCAACCAAAGCCUCAAUCACUGCCUUAGCCUCAACUCGUUUGGUCGUCGUCUCAGUUCCAGGCCUUCCCAACCAGCAGCCGGUAGUCGGUCGUAGACAGUCAAUAUAG